UGCCAAAAGGUUUGACGUCACAGCUGUCAGUAUCUGCACAUGGAUUUGCGAAUCAUUUCAGCCUGGAUUCAGUCUCGCAGAUUGUCCCAACCUGUGUGAACGUAAACAUACCCGACCUUUUGGGGGGACUAAUCUUUCUUCGAUUGCAGUCGCAGAGCGAGUCGAAUUGUUUCCGGGAUCACCUGUUUCGUUUUUUAAAUAUAUAUUAUUCUUUGAUUGUUGGAAGAGGAGUUGUUUUUUUUUUUCCUUUUUGCAAGAUGGAGAAAAUGGCUAGACCUCUCCCUGUAAAUCCAACUUUCCUACCUCCAACCCAUGGCGUGCUGAAAUCGCUACUGGAGAAUCCUUUGAAACUGCCGCUUCAUCACGAAGAGGGCUUUGGGAAAGAGAAGGAGAAGGAGAAGAAAAUAGACGAUGAAGGCAGUGGAACAAAUGUACCCCAGUCCGCUUUCUUGGGUCCAACUCUGUGGGACAAGACUCUGCCUUACGAUGGAGACACUUUUCAGUUGGAAUACAUGGACCUUGAGGAAUUUCUCUCAGAAAAUGGUAUCCCAUCCAGUCCCUCUCAACAUGACCAAAACCAACACCAGCAACCAGCACUGCAGCAAGCACCGCCCCCGCCAGCGCCCUCUGUCAUGGACCUGAGCAAUCGUGCCACCACCUCCAUUCACACGCCCAUGGUUUCCCCAAACUGCAUUCACAGUCCUGUCAGAUCAGUAUUGCCAUCAUCUCGCAACACUCCCAGCCCCAUUGAUCCCGAGAGCAUUCAGGUUCCUGUGGGCUAUGAGCCAGACCCUGCAGAUUUGGCCCUGUCCAGUGUCCCUGGACAGGAGAUGUUUGAUCCCCGCAAGCGCAAGUUCUCCGAGGAGGAGCUCAAACCACAGCCUAUGAUCAAAAAGGCCCGCAAGGUCUUUAUUCCAGAUGAUAUGAAGCAGGAUGACAAAUACUGGGCAAGGCGCAGAAAGAACAACAUGGCUGCCAAGAGAUCGCGGGACGCAAGGAGGCUGAAGGAGAACCAGAUCGCCAUCCGGGCUGGCUUCCUAGAGAAGGAGAACUCUGCUCUGCGCCAGGAGGUGGCUGACUUGCGGAAGGAACUGGGCCGGUGCAAGAACAUUCUGGCCAAGUACGAAGCCCAGCAUGGACCGCUGUGAAGCAUGGAGGGGCCAAGCCACUGUGGAGGAGUUUGAAGGACAAUGUGUCUCCCGUUCAGUAGCUCCACCCCAAAUCCCACCAUUAUUUCUGUCUUCGGCACUUUACCAGAAGCAGAAAAAAGAUCGCUAUAUUAUUUUUUUUGGUGUUCAGCACUUCCCAUUUUAAACGGAACCCCCUCCCUUUUAACUCCUUGUUGUCCUGUGAAAAGAUGCCAUGUCUGUUUCCUGUUUUUAUGUUUUAUACACAUUACCUGGACUGGGAACUGUUGUAGCACUUUUUGUUUCCUUUUUAUUUUAUGUUUUUUGGAGUUCAGCUUCAGAAGUACUUAUGCUACCUACCAACCUGUUCUGUGUGUCUGAAUAAUCGUUUUACUGAUUCAGAAACCUAAUUGUACACUGUCUUGUACAAUUACAUUCUUUUUCAGAUGUUGACAAAAAGUUAAUCCAGUAACUACAGUGCAGAAUUUUAGAUUUUUUCUUUUUUGUUUUUUUGUUGUUGUCAAUCCUAUUAUUGUACUUUAGUUUAUUGAUGAUCUUUGUCUUUUGUUGUCAAACUUACAAAGUGCUGUGAGAGUUAACUAGAGCUACAAUAAUAAUAUCCAAGAUUCCCUACAUAUGCUCAUUUAUUUCAGACGAGCGUUUAGGUCUUUUAAUUUCUCACAUCUUGGUAUAUAGGAUUACUUCAUAUAGAACACAGAAAACGUGUUUUCUGGCACUGUCAGUACAUAAAGCAAUAAUCCUAUCAUAGGCUAAGACAUGCUGCCUGGAUAUUUCUUGUAGACAUACUCCCUUCGUAAGACUUUCCUCGUCUUUAACAGAACCAGCGAGCCAGUUUAUAGCAUGAUCAUGCUCAGUAUUAAUAUGGAGAGUAAUGCUGAUGUGGUGAAAGACGUUUCUCCAUCUAUGACUCAAACCGGUUCUGUAAAUCAGAGCCCCUCCUCAAGUACCUGUGCACUGUUGCGUGUUUUACAAUCUGAAAUGGUGCAAUGUUUCUACAAUGUUUGAUUCAAACCUGCUUGAUUUUUAUGUCAGUUCCGCUUUAAUCUAAAAUUCUCUUUUAAAUACUCAUAUAUUGUUUAGAAUUGUUAUUGUUGUUAUUAUUAUUGAUACAUUAUUUUGGCAUGAUUUUUGUUUAACUACACAAAUGUCAAGCAAAUCAAAAACCAUUUACUAGCAAGUCAGUACCUUUUUUUUUCUGAGCAUGAAUAAUUAGAACAAUCAGCUUAAAAGGAUAUAUUUUUGUGUCAUUUUUGUAGCUACGUGUUUGCCUUCUUUUAAAGAUGGUUGUAAGAUGAAUGUAAUAGACGUAAAAUGUAAGGUGGAUGGUGUUGUCCUUAUACUGUGGCUAAUCCAAUCAAGUUUAUUAAUGUUUACUACAGACCAAAAGAUAUAAUGAUUAUAAAGAGUUUUAAUGUUUAUACAAAGCAAGUCUAUAGGUUGUUUUUGUACAGUAUUUUUCCUAUACAAAUACUGACAAUGUAUUUUAAAAGGCACAAAACAAAUAUACAUAUAUAUAUGACUCAAAGAAUAGGGUUGCUAUUUAAAUGCUUAAAUAUAUAAUAUAUAAUCAUUGCUGUUGUUAAAAAAAGAACUGCUGUUAGCCUGUCUUUACCACAGUACCACACAGUAGGCCCACUAGUGGCCUUACUACAAAAUCCUUUCUUAAGUAACAGUCAUUUGGGCUUCAUAUCAUUGGAAAAAAAAAUAAUUGUAAUUAAGCAUUUCCCAACUAUUAAAAUUACUCUUUUCCAAGGUCAGCCUGGCUUUAGUCAAAUAGCACAACAGAAUCAAAAGGGACGUGAGAAAGACACAAUCUAGCCUGUAUCCAGAAGCUGUCACUUUUAUCAUUUGCAGACCUCUAAGUUGUUGCUGUAUUUGACAGCCAGACCUUUUUAUUGGGAGACACAACUGAAGAUCACCCCCCCACCUUCAAUUUGAAAUUUGUGUUUCAUUUUUAAGUGCUGUAUUUUCACUAUGGCACUCACCUAGGUGCGCCUUUAUUGCCCUUUAAAAAGUCACUUUAGUCAUUUUAAGAGCAUUGAAUAAUUGUAUAUAUUUACACGUAAUAUACACUUUGAUUGUGAACAUUAACAAAGCAAAAUUGUUGGCAAAACAGAAAGGAAUGUCACCUACAUGUAUUUAAUAGUACACUAUUUUUCAGUAGGAAGGCUGAUAACCACUCAGAUCUGGCUGGGAUUUGUCUCUCCCAAACAAUGACCAGUCAGUAUACUGUAGAAUGCAAAACUAAGGAAAGUGUGAAGUGAAGCUGUUAAGUGAUAUUUCUACAUACUUCACAUGCUGUAGUAACAGUGCUUGUUCAGAAGCUUAUUUUUUCUUAAUCAGAUUUUUGUUUUUGUAAACUAGUACAUGUUCAUUAUUAAUCUUUCCUUUGUGUAGCAGGCUAUGAUGUUUAUAACAGGAGUGUAAUGAAUAACUGCUUGUGAUUUGACAGUUCUUUUGUUUUUUAAAACUUUUAUGUGCUACUUCACUGUUGGAACAAAUAGCAUUUAAUUGCAUUAAAGGUUCUGAAUAGUGGGAUUUAUAUGAACAAAGUUUAGCAGAAUUUCUUCCCAGUGAUUGUCUACAUUGGGACAGGAAAGCAAAUGCUGUUUGUUCCGUGAACUAAAGAUGAAUUGGACACAAUAUAUUUCAAUGAGUUAUCAUUACCCCCCUCGUAUUUAUAUCACUACCUCAUAUAAAGGAAAUAACUACGAUUCUGAGUCUAUUCAAGUGCCUUGAAUACAAUGACUGUUACUCAGUCAACAGAACAAUAUAAAGAGUUGUACCACCGAUGCAAACUUGAGUCUUCACAUACUGUAUGGCUUGGAAAGGCUCAGAACUGCACUUAAAGGGCUGUCCAGUCCAUCAGUCUCCAAUUUAUUUUCUCAUUUUGUUUCUCUGACAUUGUAGUCGAAAGAUUACCAUUGUAUUUUUGGCAACACCACUAGGCUGAUUCACUAAAGGGUGCAUUAAGGACAAUUUUAUCUUGUAUGUCAUGAAAUGGAUGCAUUUACUGUUCAGCCCAAGCCGUCUUUAUGUCUGUAAUUCUUAGUGUUUAAUAAAGUCUUUACAAUUUA